AUGUCAGCAAUUUUGAAUAAUUACCAAUAUAUUCCAAAUAAUAGUUUAAAUAGUAAUAAUAGUAAUAAUGGCAAUAAUAGUACCAUUCUUUCUCUAUGUGACAAUGCUACUCAAUUAAUGGAUAUAAUAAUGAGGGAAUUUAAUGAACCAAUUUUUGAUUAUAAUCAAAAUUCCAGUGAGAUUAAUAAAUCUUUGGUAAAAACGAUAAAAUCCUUAUUAGAAACACUAACAAAAAAUUUAAAUAAUAUUAAUAAUAAUAUUAAUAAUAAUAUUAGUAAUAAUAAUAAUAAUAAUAAUAAUAAUAAUAAUAAUAAUAAUAAUAAUAAUAAUAAUAAUAAUAAUAUUAAUAAUAAUAAUAAUUUUAAUACACCACAAAUUAUAAUAAAUGAUAAUUAUAAAUUAUAUACUCCACCACCAGCACCAAUGCUAAAAGGUUUAUCAUGCGAGGUUCCAUUCGAAACAAUGGAGUAUAUGCAACCAUUAGAUUUAAGUAAUAAUAAUAUUUCACUUAAUAAUAGUUGUAAUAUGAUUAACAAUGAUAAUAAUAAUAAUAAUAAUAAUAAUAAUAACAACAAUAAUAACAAUAAUAACAAUAAUAAUCAACAACAACAAUUUUAUAAUGCACCAUCAUCAAAUUCAACACCAUCACAUUCAUCACCAUCAUCACCAACAACAUCAUCAAUUCCAUUUCAUCCAAAUUUUACACUUUCACAAGAUAAUUUUAAUCAACAAUUACAAAAUAAUAAUAAUUCCAAUAAUAAUAGUAAUAAUAAUAAUAAUAAUAAUAUAAUAAAUAAUAAUUUUUUACAAAAUUCUCAACAAACAAAUCAAAGUUUACAAUUUUCAACAACACAACCAAAUUUAAAUAAUUUUUAUGAUAUUCCAAAACAACCAAUAAUAUGUUCAUCACCAAUUGUUAAUAUUCCACCACCAUUUUAUCUUGAUGGAUCAAUUGAUCCAGUUGAAAAUAUUGACUGGAAAAGAACAAAAAUAUCCGAUUUUAACUUUUAUGGUAGUCUUGGAUCAGGAUCAUUUGGUACUGCUAAACUUUGUAGACAUCGUGGUAGUGGCCUCUUUUUCUGUAGUAAAACAUUACGUCGUGAAACGAUUGUCCAUGAGAAACAUAAGGAGCAUGUAAACAAUGAAAUCAAUAUCAUGCUCAAUAUCAGUCAUCCAUACAUUGUCAAAACCUAUUCCACAUUCAAUACACCAACUAAAAUUCAUUUCAUAAUGGAAUAUGCCGGUAAAAAAGAUUUAUUCCAUCACCUUCGUGCAAAUAAAUGUUUCACUGAACAAACUACCAAAUUAAUCGUUGCGGAAAUCGUACUUGCCAUUGAAUAUUUACACGCAGAAAAUAUAAUAUACCGUGAUUUAAAACCAGAGAAUAUAUUAAUCGAUGAAAAGGGUCACAUCAAAUUGACAGACUUUGGUUUUUCAAAAAAAACUGUCGGCGGUAAGAAUACAAGCUCAGUUUGUGGUACCUUUGAUUAUAUGGCACCUGAAAUUUUAAAUUCAAGCAAUGGUCAUGGUAAACCAGUUGAUUGGUGGGCUUUGGGUGUUGUAGUCUAUGAGUUGGUCACUGGUAAAUUACCAUUCUCCAAUUCAAAGGAAUCCUUAUUAAAUAGAAAGGCUGAUUUCCAAUUGAUUUUUCAAAACUCUUAUUUAUCUGAUGAAAUUAAAGAUUUCAUCUUUCAAUUACUCUCUGUUGAUCCUUCAAAAAGAUUGGGUACUUUUGAUUCUUGUUCCAUUAGAAAUCAUAAAUGGUUCUCUGAUAUCAAUUGGUUACAUUUAGAAUCAAAAUAUCAAAUUGAUGGUCCACUCUCUACUUUAAAUAGUUUUAUUAAUUGUGAUUUUAAUAUUAAUUUAUUAAAAAAGUCAAAAUCUUAUACUGAACAACAACAACAACAACAACAAUUACCUCAACAACAACAACAACAACAACAAAAUAAUCAAUUAUUUAAUCAAACAUUACAACAACAAAAUUUUAAUUUUCAUCCAAUACAACCACAACAACAACAACAACAACAAUUUUUUAAUUUUCAAUUUAACAAUAAUAAUUUUAAUAACAACAACAAUAAUAAUAACAAUUUUAAUGAAGCAUGUACAUCAAAUACAUGUGGCGGAACAACAGCUUCAAUUUUUUAA